AUGACAGAUCUACAAGAGUUGUUCAAUAGAGCCAUAGAGCCACUACCAGCCAUUGAGGAUAGAAGUUUUUCAUCUUACUUCGACGAUUAUGGUGAUCGACAAGUUGUGCUUCUAGGCGACGGUAGUCACGGCACAUCUGAAUUCUACCGCGCGCGAGCCGAAAUCACGAAACGUUUCAUUGAGAAGCACGGAUUUACUAUGGUUGCGGUUGAAGCUGAUUGGCCCGACGCCGAAGCUAUUGACCGAUAUGUUCGCAUGCGACCGGGCCCAAAAGCACAAAUAGGCGGUACAGCAAAAGGAUUUGAGCCCUUCAAUCGUUUCCCAGCCUGGAUGUGGCGCAACCGCGAGAUGCAGGAACUGGUGGAGUGGAUGCGAAAUUGGAACAGUGAUCUACCACCUGAACGGCGCGUCGGCUUUUAUGGGCUAGACCUGUACAGCAUGGGAACGUCGAUCCGGGCAGUUAUCGAGUAUCUUGAUAGAGUGAAUCCAGAAACUGGCAAGGAGGCACGGAAACGCUAUGGAUGUCUGGACCCAUGGGUAGAAGACCCCACAUCAUAUGGACUGGCCGUACUCCAGGGAAUGGAAGAGUGCGAAGCCGAUGUUAUGCAGAUCUUGCGAAAUUUAUUUGAGAAUCGACUGGAAUAUGUGACUGAAGGCGUUCGUGACCAUGACGAAUACCACAGCGUCAAGCAAAACGCGUAUCUCGUACGUGAUGCAGAGAAAUAUUACAAGGCAAUGUAUUGGAGCUAUGCCAGCUCUUGGACCCUGAGAGAUACACACAUGUUCGAGUCUCUCAAUCGAUUGAUGCAGCAUCGCCCACCUCCAGCCCAUAAAGCGAUCGUGUGGGCUCACAACUCGCAUGUUGGUGAUGCUCGAUAUACCAGCAUGGGAAUGCGCCGUAGCGAACUCAACAUCGGCCAAUUAUGCCGAGAGAAAUUUGGACGGGAAAAUGUUGCCAUUCUUGGGUGUGGUACUCACACGGGUACCGUUGCCGCAGCCCAUGAAUGGGAUGAAGACAUGCAAAUCAUGGAUGUUCGUCCUUCGCGAGAUGACAGUUGGGAGGUAAUAGCGCAUAACUCAGGGAUUCCGAGGUUUCUUCUCGAUCUUCGAAGGGGCUACGUUGACACUGCCCUCUAUACUGCUCUAGCUAGAGAGCGCCGUCUUCAGCGCUUUAUCGGGGUGAUUUAUCGUCCUGAAACGGAGAGAGCAUCUCAUUAUUCCCAAGCAUUGCUUCAUCAGCAAUUUGACGGAUAUGUUUGGUUCGAUCGCACGGAGGCAGUUAUGCCUCUUGAGACCAUCCAACCAAAGACUGUCCUUGGAAAAGAAGAAACAUAUCCUUUUGGGCUUUGA